GUUUGUCUCUCAAAUCUAACUACAGAGGCUGGAGAAUUUCUGUGUGAAAUACUGAUCUCGCUUCACAGGGAGACAGUCUUGUUGGGUAUUUCUGAAACUCUCGAAUUUGAGAAAGAUAAGUAUUUAAAUAUAAAGCACUGGUUUCAUAAUUGUACGCAGUGGCAGAGUUGCUGUCGCUGUUUUAAAAACGGCUUCCUGUUCUGUUUGUAUGAGCUUGUUUUGAAAAGGUGGAGUUGAGUAAAGUUACUCUGUUGUGUGUGGAAGUGAUUACUCCAGGUAAUUGGAAGGUUGGAGUUUUCUUACAAGGGUGAUAGAGCUUCCGGUCAACAUUAAUGUUUAAAAGUAAAGUUUCCCUUUUCCCCAGAGGGACAGUAAUAGGAUAGGAGUAGAAUAAAGCUUACUUGAACCUACAUCCUCCUCAGCUUUUCAGAUGAUAUUCCCUUCCUUUCCAAAAUGGAGAAAAGCAGAAAAAGGACAUUCAAGACAGUUUUAUUCCCUUUAACUCUCAUUUAUUGGUGAGACUGUUUCCUUCCUCGAGCACCAAUUUAAAUUAGAGGCAACCCUGAUUAACAGCAAAUAGAUGCUGCCUUUCAUUGAGCUGUUUUAACUUGACUGAAGGAAUGCUCUGUGGUCGAAAUGUAAAGACCAACAAAGCCUGUUAUAAUACUGUAGUGAUAAUUGUGGGCUGACCACCUCUCCUCCUUGAACAUGAUUACUGACAGCUAACAUAUAAACAGCUUUUAAAAAAAAAAGCCCAAUUCAAAAAAACGUUGCUCCUCCAGAAAGUAAUUUGAACUAUUUUAUAACUCCCUCUCCAUUAUGAAUUGUGGCUUCAGUUGGUUUAAAAUAAAUGCAGGUGAAAGUAGUAUUAUCUGAGCUAACUGUUUCCUUUGUCAUUAUAUUAGUUACUGUUUCCUUUGUCAUUAUAUUAGUUAUCAAUUUGAAGUUUAAUGGUGAUCCACAACUGCCACUGUUUUAAUUUUCUGUAGGGAAUGUUUGAGUUUGUUAUUGAAUUCUGGUUAUUUUAUUGAGAGAGAUUUUCCUGCCUUGUCUGUUGUUCCAGCUAGUGUUCAGACUCUGAAAGCCAUGGCUUAUUUGGUUGUCCUGCUCUUGACCUCCUGACAGUCUGAAAUACAACCCAAUGCUGAAGAGUGGUGAUCAACUGUGAGAGACCGCAGACUAAUUGGAACUGUGCAUCAAUGGGAAAGAGAGCAGAUAUGCCAUGUGGUUUACCUUAAUGUUUCAGAUGGAAGUUAUGCUUUAGUUUCCCAUCUUAAUUUGUUUGCAGAUUUUUCUUUUGUUUAUACUGAAUAUGGAUUGGCAGCAAAGAGCCAAUUACAUUUUUCUUGAUAUAACUUCAUGAUGACAGGAUUGCAUAUUUACAAUUGGAAUUUGUUUUGGAUACCUGGCAUCAAUUGCUGUGCCUUUUUAACUAGCACUUGAUUCAAUGACAACAAGAAAAAAUGCCCUUCAUAAUUUUCUGAAGACUUCUGGACAUGUUUUGAUUAAAAAGUCCCUGCAGCAAAAGUCAAAAAGAAUGGAUAACAUUGAACAGUGUGCAAAGCGAUGUAUGAAAUUCAAAGGAUUUGUUUGCAGGGCCUUUUAUUUUGGUAAAAGUGAGAAGCGGUGUUAUUGGCUGUCGUUUAACAGCAAAACAAAAGGGGUAAAAGGAAAACCGGACAAAGCAUUUGAUCUUUAUGAGAGAAAAGAUUACAUUAGAGAAUGUAUUAUUGGAAAAGGUAAAAACUACAGGGGUACAAAGUCAGUGACAGAAAGUGGUCAGACCUGUCAACACUGGAAUUCAACAAUCCCACAUGACCAUAGGUUUUUGCCUUCGAACAAUCGCAAUAAAAAUCUAAAAGAGAAUUACUGCAGGAAUCCAACAGAUGAUGAAGGAGGACCAUGGUGCUUCACAAUGCACCCAAGAAUUCGGCUAGAGAGCUGUGCUAUUCCACAAUGUUCAGAAGUUGAAUGCAUGACAUGUAAUGGAGAAACCUACCGGGGACCCAUGGACCACACAAAGUCUGGAAAGGAAUGUCAGCGCUGGGACCUUCAGAUGCCUCACAAACACAGAUUCAAUCCCGAACGGUAUCCAGAUAAGGGGCUUGAUGAUAAUUAUUGCCGUAAUCCUGAUGGCCGCACUAAGCCUUGGUGUUACACACUUGACCCCCAUACCCCUUGGGAAUAUUGUGACAUUAAAGAAUGUGUUCAUAACUGUGACCAUGAUUUGGAGGUGACUACAGAAUGCUUCAAAGAUCUUGGGGAGAGUUAUAGAGGAACUAUGAACACCACACCUUCAGGAAUCCCUUGCCAACGCUGGGAUGUUCAGUAUCCUCACCAGCAUAAUUUCACCCCUGAGAACUAUAAGUGCAAGGACUUGGAUAAAAAUUACUGCAGGAAUCCUGAUGGAAGAGAAGCCCCCUGGUGCUUCACUACAGAUCCAGAAAUUCGAGUAGCUUAUUGCUUUCAUAUCCCAAGAUGUGAAAAUAAAACUCCAAUUUCAGAAGAAUGUUACCAAGGGACUGGAACAACCUAUAGAGGAAGUGUAUCUAAAACCAGGACUGGCAUUCAUUGUGCGCCGUGGGUAAAUUACAGCCAGGCUAUUGCAAGAAUCACCUUGGACACCAAUACUGAAAGCCUGGCAGAGAACUACUGUCGCAAUCCAGAUGCAGACAAACAUGGUCCCUGGUGUUACACUAGUGAUCCCCUCACUCCAUGGGACUAUUGUGCAAUUGAACCUUGUGACAAAACAACAUCAUCUGAAUCAGCCUCAGCAGUCCAAUUCCCAGGCACUCGACAAUGUUCCAGUAGAAUACAAACAAGAAUAGUGAAUGGAUUUCGAGCAACUGCCAAAACCUCCAGCUGGAUGGUUAGCCUGCGACACAGGGAUAUACAUUUCUGUGGAGGAUCAUUAAUUGAACAGAAUUGGGUUCUCACAGCCAAGCAUUGUUUUUCUACAUGUAAGCCAGAUUUAAGAGGAUAUGAAGCUGUGAUGGGAAUUCUUAAAGAUGAUAAAAGUGAGGAAGCUCAUAAGCAAGUAAGAGAGAUAUCACAGCUUGUCUGUGGCCCAGAUGGAUCCAAUCUAGUGAUGUUGAAAUUGUCCAGACCAGUAAAAUCGACCAGUUAUGUUCACUGGAUCAAACUGCCUCAGCCUGGAUGUGAAAUAAGUGAAGGCACCUUAUGUAACAUAUCUGGAUGGGGAGAAACCAAAGACACAGGUUAUGAAGGUGAGCUAAAGGUGGCCCAGAUCCCGAUAAUUGGAAAUAAGAAAUGCAACGAAUACCAUCAAGGAAAAAUCCAAAUUAAUGAAUCUGAAAUCUGUGCAGGAGAUGAAAAGGGAACUGUUGGCACAUGUGAGCGAGAUUAUGGUGGCCCCCUAGUCUGUGAAGAACAUAACCAAAGCUUAUUGCAAGGUGUCAUCAUUCCUGGUCGAGGUUGUGCAAAACCAAAGCGUCCUGGUAUUUUUGUGAGGGUGUCAUAUUAUGUCACAUGGAUACACAAAGUCUGUAAGACAUACAAAAAACACAACCGCAUUGGAUGAAUGUGUCAACCGAAAUUCUUAAUUGCCAAGCACAUAAUUUAUCAAUUGAAGACUCAUGUUGCUGCAGAUAACUAUCAACUCUAUUGAUACUUCCCUUUUAAGAAUGAUUUAUCUGAUCAUCCUGUUCAUUGUUCAACUAUAUCUGGAUCUGAGUUUUGUAUGUAUUUUUGGAGGGUUCCUGAGGUAACUUAAAAUGUACAACUGCAAUAAAGUAGAAGUAAGGAAACUUCCAUAAUGUCAGGUUAACAUCUGGCUCACACUUGAAAAGCUUCUCUUUCUGAAAUUUUAUUUUGAUGUUGGAAUAGCUGCUUGUCCUGCUCUGAAGACAGACAUUCAGCUCAUGAAACGUUUGUGCCUUUUGUUAUAACUUAGCUUGAACAAAUUCUCUUCCUGCACUUGAGAAGGUUGACGAGAACCUUCAGCAUUAAAUCAGGCAAGUAACGAACUAGAUUCUAGAGUAACCUCUAGGGCAACUUGGUUUGGGCUCAUUUAGGAGCAUUAGCUGUCCAAAUGUAUGUUGUAUAUAAUUUAAUGUAAUUUUUCCAAACAUUCCAAUUUUUGUAAUGUAAUGAAUUGGAUUUAUAUCAGAAUUUUACAACUUUGAAACUCUUUUUUAAAGUAUACAUGCUACCCGUUUGUGUGCGUGUUCUCUGGAGGAUUUAAAGCAAGGACUAAAAUGGAUUUAAAACUCAUUCAUAUCUCUUUUUCAAAGAUUUUCUUUUCAAUUUCCGCUCUUGUUAAGACAAUUGAAUAACUUGUACUCAAUGUUUUAUUCCUUGAGUGACUGAAACUGUUGUCAAGACACAAUGCAAAUGUUGUUUGCUGCAACAUUUUUUGCAAACUGACAACAGAGAAUCCUUUCUAUGCACUUGUCCACUUAUUUUCUGUGACCUGUACACGGCCUUGCUUCUCCACUCAUCUGCUGGUCAGAUUUGGACUUGUUGUAAUAAAAACAACAAUGAAUUUUCAACAUCCCAAAUUCUGCAUUCCAGAAUUGAAAUAUCAAUGUUGUGCAGCAUUAGAGCUACAGCUUUUCUGUGUCCAUCUGCUGAGCACUGUUCCAUUGUUUAGCACUGUUCAGCCAACCCUCUCUAAUCCUGCUACCUACUGACCCUUGAUCUAACUGUGAUGGUACUUGGAGAAUACUGACUGGAGGACAAAUAGCAGUAGCUGCCCUUGUAGCAAGCCUGAUUAAUAGCCUCGUGGAGCUGACUCCUGAAUAACACAUCCAAUUAUUCAUAACAUCUGCACUGACAAACUCUUUCACCAGUUUAGCUCAACUUUAGGAAUACACAUUUAUGAAUAUUUUUCUUAUUUGGGCAAUUUGUUUUAGUGUCAUUCAGGGGUCUAAUUUUCCAUUUCUCUUUGCUAGGCUGUUUUGAAAAUGGCACUAAUUCAAGUAAUGAUAGAUUUAUAGCUUUUACUCAUUAUUGCCUUUUUUGUGACUAGAGGGAAUAAAAAAAAUCUUCUGAAAUGGAGAAGGAGGGCUAUAAACAUUGCUUUUUUUUUACAUCUUCCACCACAUUCUCUACUUUGCUUAAAU